AUGUCGGACCACGACGAGACAAUUGUGUCUGAAAAGAAGAACCAUGUGUAUGUUGAGAAAUGCAUACCGACAAAAAGCGGCGUCCGCAAGUUCUUCGCCUAUACCAGACUACUAUUCUCCCUAGACUAUACCCGCACCGAUGUCUUCCUCAUCUUAACCGGCCUAUUCUUCUCCAUAGCCGCCGGCAUCCCCUUCCCACUCCUCGGCAUCGUCUUUGGUGAUCUGAUCAACGAUCUCAACUCGGCAACCUGUUCGACCAGCCCAUCAGCCGGCAGCAAUGUCGCUGACGGGGUGCGCCAAAAGGUGUUGUAUGUCAUCUAUAUCACCAUCGCCAAUUUCUGCUUCAUCUAUAUCCACUGCAGCUGCUGGUGCUACAUCAGUGAGCGCAUUGCCCGGCGGUACCGACGACGAUACUUCGAGAGUAUUAUCAGACAGGAGACGGGGUAUAUCGAGAGUCUUCCUGCUGGAGAUGUUAUCUCAAGGCUUGUCAGUGAUAUCGAGGUUUUGCAGUCCGGAACAUCUGAGAAAGUUGGCAUUGUGAUUAGCACAAUCUCGUACUUCGUUGCGUCGUAUGUGGUUGCCUUUAUUAAGGUUCCUCAAAUCGCUGGCAUGUUGGUUUCUGUUGUACCGUGUUACUUCGCUAUGACUUAUGUCGGUGGCCAUUUCAUUAAGAAAUACGCAGGUCGAAUCGCGGAGCAUGUCAAUGCGGCGACUUCGAUUGCUUCGUCUAGCCUGUCGCAUCUUCCGCUGGUGCAUGCAUUCAACUCGCACGAGCGUCUUGAGAAGCUGUUUUCUGAUCACAUUGCUGUAUCCCGUAUGGAUGCGGUCAAGAAAGCGGGAACCCAUGCUGCCCAGCUCGGGUUUCUUUACUUUGUUGCCUAUAGCUCUAAUGCCCUGGCUUUCUGGGAGGGGUCUAGGCUGAUUGCCGAUUCUGUGGAAGCAGGAGAUGCCGAAACAUCGGUUGGCGCAGUGUACACGGUGAUCUUUGUCUUGAUCGAUGCAUCCUUUAUCCUCAGCCAGGUUGCUCCCUUCGUGCACGUCUUUGCCUCCGCAGCUGGCGCAUCCGAACGUCUAUUGUCAAUUAUCAAUCGCGAGUCCAAAAUUGACGGAACCGCAGAAUAUGGUGACAGCUCUGCUCCCUUCGACUCGGCGGAUAUCACAUUCCGUAAUGUGCACUUCACCUAUCCCUCUCGACCGGACAUACCCGUCUUGCAGGGUGUCAACUUCGCCAUCCCAGCUCGGAAACACACCGCGAUUGUUGGUCCCUCGGGUGGUGGAAAGUCGACCAUUGUAGCUCUGCUUGAGCGUUUCUAUGACCCCAUGUCUGGAGAAAUAUGCGUCGGGGAGCAGGACUUCCGUGACUUGAACGUGCGGUACCUGCGUGGAAACAUAGGGUUUGUGCAGCAAGAGCCGUCGCUAUUGGAUCGAUCCAUCCUGGAAAACAUCGCAUAUGGCCUAGUGACGUCUGCAACCGAACGACACCAGGACUUAGCUCCAUUUAUUCAGAACUCGACUUUGGCCGAGGUGGCAGAAAAGAUGCGCGAGGGCCUUAUGGAGAAGAAAGUUUUGGAAGAAUACGAUCCCAAAAUUGCUGAGAUUAUUGGGUUGGUUCGCCAAGCUGCUGCCAGCUCGAACGCCCUCAUGUUCAUUGAAGCUCUUCCACACGGUUUCGCGACCAGCGUCGGUUCCUCUGGGAAUCAGCUGAGUGGUGGUCAAAAACAACGAAUUGCACUCGCGCGAGCUUUGGUGCGUGAGCCUGCUGUUCUUAUUCUCGACGAAGCUACGGCAGCUCUGGAUUCGGCUAGCGAGAGAUUGAUUCAGGAUGCGCUAGCUAAGGUCGCUGGUCGUGUCACUAUGGUGUCAAUUGCCCACCGUUUGGCUACUGCCAAGGAUGCCCAUAAGAUUGUGGUCAUUCAGAAGGGACGGGUAGUCGAAGAGGGUUCUCACUCCGGACUUGUCGCCAAGGGCGGAUCAUAUGCCGGUAUGGUGCGUCUCCAGAAUCUGGGGAAACUCAGUCCGGCAUUGAGCCCUGGCACCGAGGCUAUCCGGGAAGUUCGGAAUGGUAUUCUGGGUCAAACAAGUGCCACUGGUACGAAAGAUUGGCUCGACGUGAAAGGGUCUGACAUUUCAGACGAGUUGCCGGCGACAGCAAUCGAAGAGCUUGACCAAGAUCCGAUGGAGAAGCUACGAAAGAAACAGGAGAGGCAGGCAAAGAAGGAGAAGCGGAAAGCCAAGCGUUCACGUUGGUUUGUUACCAGGUUCGCCUUUUCCCUGAUUCGUCCUAACAUGGGCUACGUUUUCCUUGGGCUGGGCAUGGCCGUCCUCAUCGGUGGCAGCUACAUUGCAGAAGCAGUGAUUUUCGGUCACACCGUUGGCAGUCUAAGCCCCUGUAAUGGAACAGAAGGUAUUCGCCAUGGUGGACAUCUAUAUGGGCUCUUGUUCUUUAUUAUGGCCCUGAUUGAGCUCUCGGCUAAUGUGGUGGGCGGUUGUGCAUUCGGCUGGGCCGCUGACAAGAUCUUGUAUCGGAUCCGCGUGCUCUCCUUACGCUCUCUUCUGGGCCAGACUAUUGAAUGGCAUGGCUUGGAAGACCGAACUCCUGGUACACUCAUCACAUACAUCACUAGUGAUGCGACUGCGCUUGGUAGCAUUACAGGCACUACUAUUGGUUUGCUCCUCGCCACAGCCGUGAAUCUCAUAGCUGGGCUAGUAGUCUCGCUGUCCAUUGCAUGGAAAAUUACUGUAGUGUUGCUCCCAACAAUCCCGGUCUUGUUGCUGGCAGGUAUGAUGAAGCUGCGAACCCAAGCCAACUUUGCAGAGCGACACCAGAAAGCAUUUGCAAAGGCAACUGCUGUCACCGUCGAAGCUGUUGACAACAUCCGAGCCGUGUCAGCUUUCUCAUUGGAGAAGCAGUCUUAUGCCGUGUAUGAAAGAGCUCUCCAAGCGCCCUAUCGUGAGACUCUCAAGUCAAUAGCGUUCGGUAACGUCUUCCUCGCAACAGCAUUUAGCAUCAGCAAUCUUGUAUAUGCCCUGGCCUACUGGUGGGGAACUCGGCAGAUUGUGGCUGGGCUAUAUAGUCAGACUCAGUUCUUCAUCGUGCUGCCCGCACUUUUGUUUAGUACCCAGUCCUGUGGCCAAAUGUUUGCUCUCGCACCUGAUAUCUCGAAGGCGGGCGUGGCCGCAACCAAUAUUGCCGAGCUGCUCACCACCCGUUCGGCGGACGAUGAACUGAACCCUGGCGCCUCAGGCAAAAUCCUAUCUGGUGACGUAUAUCUGCUGGACGAGAAAAUCCUCGAUCCAGAGAUAGGGCAUCAUGAGCGGAGAGUUGAUUACUCGGGAGGAAUAUCCGAAAAGAUGAGUGGCAUUGGCGCUGAGUUGCAGAAUGUCCACUUCGAGUAUCCGUCACGGCCAGGACAGCCCGUGCUGCGAGGCCUAAGCUUAAAGAUACAACCUGGCCAGUUUUGUGCCUUGGUUGGACCGAGUGGUUCAGGCAAAUCCACGACAUUCGCGAUGUUAGAGCGCUUUUACCGGCCGGAAUCGGGCGCCGUCGUCAUCGACGGGGUCAACGUCACGAGGCAGUUAGGCACCGGCUUCCGCGACGACAUCGCCCUCGUCCCCCAAGAAAACGUUUUAUUUGAAGGGACUGUUGCCUUUAACAUUGGCCUCGGUGCUCGACCAGGCCACGAGCCGUCUCAAGAAGAGAUCGAGGAGGCCUGUCGUAUGGCCAACAUCCACGAGGUGAUUAUGGCCCUUCCGAAAGGCUAUCAAACACAGUGCAAUCACGACGGCAAACAGUUCUCCGGCGGCCAACGACAGCGACUAUCGAUUGCACGAGCGCUUGUGCGCCGACCUCGCAUGCUGUUGCUGGACGAAUCCACCAGUGCCUUGGACGUUGAGUCUGAAAAGAAGAUUCAAGAUGCAUUGGCAACCUUGUCCGGUCGGACCACCAUCAUCGCCAUCGCGCAUCGGCUUAACACCAUUCACCGGGCUGACUGCAUCUAUCUGAUCGAGGAGGGACGCUGUGUGGAGCGGGGUACGCACGAAGAACUUAUCGAGCGCAGUGAGACGUAUCGAACGAGUGUCAUCCACCAGUCCUUGGAGACAUAG